AUGAUUGGUCAAGUUCUUUUUGAACAAGAAAUAGAUCUUCAGGCAGCGUUGGACAAUAUGCAAAAAGCAUUGGACAUACGACUAAAAAAGUACCAACCAGAACCUCAGACACUGGCAAAGAAUUAUGCUCAAAUAGGUGAAACACUUCUGUAUCUUCAUCACCAUGAUGAAGCUUUGGUCAAUCUAAACAAGGCAUUGGAAAUUCAACUUCGUUCUCUACCAAAUUAUCAUAUGGAUUUAGCUUCAACUUACAGUACCAUCAGUCAUGUCUAUCAUGAUCGAGAAAAUUAUAAGCAAGCACUUUCUUCCUGUGAGAAAGCUCUUGAUAUCUAUCAACGUUGUCUUCGUCACAAUCAUCCUAGUUUAACUGCUGUUCACACAAAUAUGGCCAACAAUUUAGGUGAAUUGAAACGUUUCAACGAAGCCAUCAUCCAUGCUAAGGAAGCCAUAGAAAUCUCUCGAUUAUACCUUCCAUCUGGUCAUAAAGAUAUUAAGGAACGAGAACGAAUUCUUGUCGCACUACAAACUACACAAAAACACUAUCAAAAUCCAACAAUGAACAAUCCACAAUGA